GACCAAUAGUCAUCAAGUGACGCCCUUUUUAAUUUCAAUUGCGAAGUGAAUCUCGUACUUCCUCACGACAUUUCGGUGACAUGAACAUUCACCUGCCCAUCCACCAAACAAAAUGGAAUUUGCAGCAUAUCUCCGCCUUCCCAUAACCUCCAACCUCCAGCAUCCCCUCUCCAAACCACAAACCAUCAUGGCAACACCAAACCCCAAACUCACCGAAGAGCUUUCCUCUCUCACCGACGAAGCGACAGAAGCAGUCGCCGAUCUCUCAUCACCAAGCACACCAGCCCACAUCUCCGCCCCUCAAACACCACGCUGGCUCAGCCUCGCCUCAUACGAAAGCAUGCCAAAACAGUGGAAAUGGGAGUCCGAGCUCGAAGCUGAGGUCGAGGAUGCGCUUGUCUUCAGCGACGAUGAUAGUGAGGGACAGUCCGCAUCAGGGGAGGAGCAUGGGGUGGGAGAGUCCCUGGAAGAGUGGGGUCCAGAGUCUGUAGAGAUAGAUCCACUUGAAAGAACGACCUCGAGGAUAUUAGCCGUUUUGAGGUGCUACCUUUACAACCUUGAGCAUGGGAUGUUGAUCACUGGAUCCAAGGUCGACGAGAGAAUUGAGGCAGCGCUGAAAAUCUUGCUUGGAAAGGGACAAGUGGGAGCGAAUUGUAGAACUCAAAAGCCGCAGGGACCAGAUAUGAGGGAGAGUUGGGAAAUCAGCGACGAGGAGAGAGUGGUUCUCGAGAUAGAUUCAUAUGGCAAGGAGCUGAGCGGGGUGAAGGAAGGAGUUCCUGGGGAUGUUGAAGGCGCAGUCAGGGAGAUUUUGCAGUGGGCUAGGAAAAAGGGCACUGCGAAUGGGAGGGAGGGUAUGACAUCUUCACAAGGCUCGUUGGGAAUGAUUGAGUGUUGAGGCAUUGAGGGAGAGGGUUGCCUGGAAGUACGCAA